UUCUACACCUUCUGCAGCCAAACUGUGGCAGCUGUGUUUAUAUCAGCCCUCUUGUAAGAGCUGCCCAAGACCUGUGUUUCAGAGGGGAUGUCCCGGCAUUGGGGCCCCUGAGCUGUGUUGGGAAGGACAGCGGUAAAUCCGCCAGCAGUGUGUGCGAUGCUGGCUGCUCCCUGCUCCCCAUCCCGUGCCAGAGCCCCGGCUGCAGGACGGGAAGAGCUCCCGGCCCCGGAGCUCGCAGCUCGAGGAGCUGCCGGGAGGUGCCCAGGGAAGGAAGGAGCUGGUGAGGGUGCGGGGCAGGACCGGGGCUGACGUCUGGGGGCAUCUCUGUUGUCACAGGCACAGCUGCCGCAGGGCACAGAGAGACCUCAGGCCACUCGUGCUGCUCUGAUGUGCGUGUACAGCGGCAUCGCUCUGCGUGCCCCCAGGGAGCAGCUGCUCGCCCGUGUGGAUAGGGAGAUCAUGGGCACCAUCCUGCAGCUCUCCAGAGUCACACAGAGGGAGAUGCAGCUCAAGCUCGCCCUGGUGCAGAGUGUCACUGAGGUCAGCUCUGCCAUCCAGACUGUGGGUGAUGCUGGCAGCUUUGAGCUGUCCUCGAAGCAGGAGGUGACACAGACCCUGCUGGACUGGAUCAAGGAGGAGCCUGCGGACUCCCUGGUGUACGGAGUGUUUCAGGCCCUGGAGGAGUUGAGCAAGCUGAGGCCAGCGCUGAGCAGGGAGGAGAACCGCAGCCUGCUGGCAGUGUGCUGCCAGGCUGUCCUGUCCUCUCCUUCCCAGGAGGGGAUGAAGAGGGGCAGGACGGUGCGGGCAGCUCUGAACAUGCAGCUUCUGCACAGGAGAAGUGUUGAAGAUCUGGGCCACCUCAUCGAGACUCUCCUGGCGGCAGAGGAGCCCUCGGCUGGCUUUGAUGAUGUGUUCCUUGUCCUGCAGCACUGGCUGGGCUCCGACAGAGACUGGGAGCGGGAGAGAGCCCUGCGGGUUUGUGCCCGUGUGCUGAGGGCUUGCAAGGAGCGAGCUGAGCUCACGAGAGGACGCCCUUGCCGGCAGCUGGGCUCCCUGGUGGCACUGCUGGUCUCUCUGACCAGUGACUGCCUGGACUCGUCCCGCCACAGGGCAUGGCUCUGCAUCAGCUACCUGGACCAAAUGCAAGUGUCAAGAUAUUCCGGCUGGGCACCGAGCAGCUCCACUGGCUCAGCGUAGCAGCCGUACCCACAGCAUCGGUACCCACAGCAUCGGUACCCGAACGCCUGGCGGAGCAGAUACGAGUAGUAACAAGAGCAGCCGCUUCCAGUCAGUAUCUCCAGCCUCAUUUCUUACCAUCUCUAAUGAAGGCAGUGAAGAAAGUCCAUGCCCAUUUCUAGGCCAGAGCCAUGGCAUGGAAUUGCAGCCCUCUUCUGCUCCUGACAAGAACAAGGUGAAUUGCAUUUCAAAAAGUGGCUCUGCUUUCUUGUCAGCAUCCUCAAGUCACUUAUCCACACACAGGAUCUCACACUUACGGGCACUACACAGAGCCCGACUGUCUCCUCCAGCCCGACACCAGUUUGUUCCACUCCAUUUCUGUGGCGUCCUUGUCUACAAACACAGAUCAAGACAGGGUCUCCUGUGGAACCAGCACAGCACCACAGACCUCUCCGCUCCAGCAAUCGGGUCCUGUUGAGGAAGCCUAAGGACAGUUCCAGAUUGUUUUGACAUUUUGCUGGGCAAUUACAGGGAAAAGGUUGGAACCAGUUGCCUGGACCUUUCUGAUCACACUAUUGGCAUUGUUUUGAUAAUUUCUGGCACUGUCGUAAUUGAACUGUCUGUAUAAUUGCCAGUUUGGUAGCACAUUGAGAAGUUCAGGAGGAUGCAGCAGCUGAUGCUCAGUUGCACUUUCUGCUUGUGAAGACUCCAGUCCUGUGUCCUUCCUGCUUUUUUAAACACUGCUGCAAACAGAGGCUCUCGUCACAGUGACUCACUGCCAGUGAUGUCCGUGUUUCCUCGCUGAGUACCUGACAGCUUCUCUGUGCAAUGGAAAGGGUGAAGAGCACAUGGGAAGCGACCAGAGACUCGCGGUUGCCAAGGCCAGUGCUGCAGGGUGGCUCCUGGGGUGUCUUAUUUCCCUUUGACUCCUCCUGCACACACACGUACAGCCCACAUAGGCCCGUGGCUUUUAUCUGAACGGUUUGAGGCAGAACUGGCACUUGUAAGAAUCUUUUUUACUGGACAGACCUGUUCUCAUCUGGAACUGAUGUGCACUGAGAUGUAUCUCCAAAGCAAAGCUGGUGAGUCAUUGUCACUUGUUCACACGAGGUGAAUACAACCUGCGAAAAACACCCUUGCCAUAGAAGCAUCUGAACACUUGUGCAUGUCAGGACUGCUUUUGCCGUAUAAUUCCAUAGGUUCAGUGUGUGCCCUCCAUCGAAUGUCGUGGCCUAAAGAUGUUGUUCUGGCUUUGACACAAAUCACUUUGGUGUGUAUUAAAACAGAAACGUUUGUGCUUGGAAAAGGUAACAGAAGGUCCGGCUUUCCUAACCGAGGACCAUGAGAAGCACUGUGGAAACAUUGGUUUUCUAAACCUGGAUAUCGAGGAAAACAAAAUGACCAGUUAUUGCAAGAUGUUGAUACGGAGGCUGCACUCCAAGGGAACUGCCCCAGUCUCUGAAUGCUCCUGAAUUCCGCAGCCCUGCGGCUGCACUGGUGUGAGCUCUGCUGGGAGCUGAGGUGUGUUUGGGAAUCCCCCCGGCAGCAAGGAACAACAAUACAUUUGCUCUUUGUGUCGCACCUGUGGCCUCUGGUUGUUCUGCCGCCCGCCUGCGUCGGCUCACACAGCGUCAGCAACGGAGACAUCCCAGCAGCAGCUUUGAAAGUCCCAUUUCAGGUUACAGUGUGGUCCAGAUGUGCUGCCUGAUCCUAUGGUGUUAAUAUUUGAUACGUUCUUGGUAAAAUCUCUUUAUCUUCUAAAUGGAGUUUCAGAUGUGGGAGGGGGAGGUUCCCCCUCACCUCUGUGUGUUACAGUGGGGACAUCAGCCUGUGCUGGGGAACGUUCAGAACCAGAGUGGAGCUGUGGCUGAGCCCUCAGUCGCUCCUCAUGGUGUGUUUUGUUCCCGUGGCAGCGGCGCUGAGAUGCCGGGCGGUAUUACCAGGCAGUAUCACUGGGCAGUGUGGCCAGGCAGUGUCACUGGGUGGUGUUGCCGGGCGGUGGGGCCGAGCCCUCGGGAACGGUGCCCCCUCACCCGGGAAGCAGCCCCUGAGCCCCCAGUUGUCAGAAUUGAUGUAAAUGGUAUGGACAUGACUCGCUUUCUAGGGGGGGAAAUUGACACCCGUUCUCUUAUCUUCUGAGAACAUGGUCAUGCCCAGGUAUGUGCUUCAUUCCAAAGAUGCUUCGGUUCGGUUUUGUUGAGACAGCUUGGUUGGCGAGCUCAGCCUUAUGGUUUGUGACCGUAGGAAAGGAAGGAGGGUGGAAGAAGGAUAUUCCUUUUGGUUUUGUUGUUCUGGCCAUCCACUCGGGUUUCUGUCGGAGCAGAGGAGAAGGUCCAACGCCAGCUCCAGUCUGGGUGCACGUGGGCAGUUGGCUGCAGGCCCUGGGGUUCAGGACAGCAGCAGUGCCUGGACCCGCACCCGCUGUCUCCCGCCCUUUGCGCUGAGCGGGAGUUUGUGCCGCUGGCGUUUCCAGGGCUGUGUCUGGGGCUGGAGCCCGUGCGGUUCAGAACCAGGCGGCCGGGGCGAUGCCGCUGGGAAGUGAGGAACCGCCAAACUGCAGCUGACCCUGAAGAGCUGUGGCCUAGUGGAGCUGGGCUCUGGGUUGGAGGGGUUUUAAUGCACGUGUAUUGAAUUCCAGAGGAAAACUUCAUCUAGUCGGUUAAUUGAAACAGCUUUAGUGGCGUAUGUUACGUGCUAACACACAAAGCAGCGUUGCGGUCUCUGAAACAUGCAUAGAAGGACGUAUAUUUAAGACAAUUCUAGACGUAAACAAGCAUUAUGGUUCUUAUUGGGAUCUUUUGGCAUCUAAACUCUUAAAUGGGGAAAACAUCUGUGAAGCUCCUGCUAGAACAGCUGCAGAGUGGUGAAGAAUGAAUGUGGGACAAAUCACGUUUGGAUGCUUCACUCCUGCCACUUUCAGUCAAUAAAGGAGCCAAAUAACAUGCUUGUGAUUUAUAAACAUUAUUUUAAUGUUCAUGGCUUUUACAUGUUACACAUCCCAGGGUCUCAACUGCUGCAGUUCAUAUAACGUACGGUGAACAGGGAGGCGCUGAGUGUCCCAAAGCACGCCUCAAAUCUGUAGGAUACUCUUACCUGGAAACCUCAUUGGACAUUUACUCUUUGGUUUCUGAGUGUGUUCAACUAGGUAGUAGUUUAUUUUUAAUGCAUCCUAUUAAAUUUAUUUUAAACCACUUUUUUCUAAGCUGUAAAAUAUGCAAUGUGACUCAAUAUGUUUGAAUUGAAAUGAUUUGUCAGGUGACACGUAGUGGAAAUAAUCUUUAUUAUGACAGUGAUGUUUUUCUCAAGUAUUUUGCCAAGAAAAGUGAAUUUCUCAGAUUAAAUGGGUAGAAGUCAGCCAAUACCUUUUUCAAAGAAUGUGAGUUUGUCUCCACCUCUGUGACUAGUUGGAAGUAUUUGAGUAUACAUAAUGUAUACAUUAAAAACAAUU